AGUUUUCACCGGAAAAAAGCUCAACUGCAUAGAAAUUUAGAGGUUUAAUUUGAUUUCUGUGUGUAAUAGUGAACUUAUCAGCCCUGUUGAAAUGCUUUCAUCCUAGGAAUUUCGCUUGAACUUGAAGGCUAACAUGGUUGCGUUGACGGGAUGCGUUCGUGCCUGUGCCGUGACGACCUUCACGCAACUACCCACUUAAGUGGUUUAAACAUUAUAAUUAGAUUAACUGCUUAUUAUUUAAAUAACUACGAAUAAGCACAGCAUGACGGCCUUGACUUCUUUGGCGUCGCUGCUGUCGCCGCGUCGCUGGAAGCUCCUGACGCGCGUCGCGCUGGCGCUGGCGGGGCUGACGCUGCUGGUGUCAGUCGUGCACGAGCAAGCAGGAUUUGCCGGCGCUCUGCUCAGCUGGUCUGCGUCUGCAGCUGACGCAGAGCACUCAGAAAACGAAGCCAAAUCCUGCGUCCUUCUAUCUACCGCAGACGGCGCCACGGAGCUGCCUGAGUUGUAUGAGGACGUGGUGCCAGACGUCGCAGCGUCCAACGUCUACUUGAUGGAGACGUCGCAUGCAGCAGCCGUGCUACCCAGGGGGCUCUGUGGGCUGGAGAGUUACUGCAAACUAAAUCCACAAGCAUCCGUGUGGUUCUUGGUGACGGCUCAGUCCUUAGAACCCCCGACGCUGGCAGCCUUGAAGGCACUUCAGGCCGCCUACCAGAACUUGUGCGUGGCUCAUGUGAACUUCACCUCGCUUUUUAAGGAUACUCCGCUGCUUGAACUUUACCACUCCGAAAAGUUCAAUAACACUUCGCACAAAAUCCACAACCUGAGCGACAUGAGCCGCGUGGCGCUGGUGUACAAGUUCGGAGGUCUGUACUCGGACAUGGACGUCAUCGCCCUGCGCCCUCUGGUGGGCGCCACCAACUUCAUCGCCUUGCAGGACGACGGGACCGGCUACCUGAACCACGCCAUCCACCGCAUGCGACGCCACCACCCCAUGUUGCUGAGGGUCAUGAAGCAUGUUGCUGCCAACUAUAAUGGCCAAACUUGGGCCGCAAAUGGGCCCACAGCCAUGUCAGACGUGGCGCGACUGCUGGGAUGCGAUCUAAAACCCGUCGGCUUAGAUCGCCUCGUGAACGCUACUCACUACCGAACAUCUCAACAAAUUCAACCCUGUAAUGCAACGAACCCCUGUUCCAACCAGACGGAGGGAUGCGACUGGGUGGCACUACGGUCCAAUGCCUUCAUGGCCGUGCACUACGACGCGGCAUAUAAACUUUUUCUUGGCCCUGAGAAGAAUGAAACUUCUCCACCCAUACAAACUCUGUACCCGGACAGCCUGGGCCUGCAUUUCUUCAACUACAUGACCCGAGACAAGGAGGUACAGUCAGGCAGCCACAUGCACAGGCUCGCCUCAGAAUUCUGUCCAGUCGUCGCCAAGAAGCAUCCGCUGCUCGCAUGAACGCUCCAACUCUUUCCUAGCAGCACGGGCAAGGCUGUUACUAUGAAUGAAUGUGUAUGUCAGUGAAAGACCUUUCUAUGUGUAUGUUAGUGAAAGCCAUUUCUAUAUAUAUGUUAGUGAAAGCUAUUCCUAUGUAUAUGUAAGUGAAAGCCAUUCCUACGUAUAUGCAGUGUUCGUACCGGUCAUGGAAAAC